UCCCUUUGCACACCGCCCGCCAGGGAAAAGGCGCCUCAGAGUUUAAAAAUCAUACAGUAAUUACAGACAGCGUAAUAAGUGGGACGACAGUAUACCGCCACAAAAACGCCACAUCAACAUCCACCAGCUCCAUAUAAACCCCGCCAUGAUAAAUACACACAGUCCAUAUAAUUAUCCAUAUAAAAAAAAGGAACCCAGAACCCGCAUGUCUGCGUCCAGAGAGCAGCGCUACGGAAUAUUCAUAGUACGAAUGCACAAUGUAAUGCACAUGCAAUGCAGACGCGUAUCUGCAUGCACGUCAUCCUACACAUACAUGAUACAGUACACAUAUACACAUCCCACACAACCUCACUCAUAUCCAUCCAUCCAUACAUACAUACAUACAUACAUACAUACAUACAUCUAUAUCCACAUAGCUAUAACCUGUUAUCCUAUCCACACACACACACACACACACACAUACAUUCCUAUAUGCACAUCAUCAUCAUGCACAUGCACCAUCUACAUCUCUCCGACACAACGAUCUGAAUGCAAACAAUCCGAUAGGCUCAAACAUACAUCUCCAGCCUCUCUCCCCACUCCAGCCUCACUCACACGCGGCCCUCAAGCCCCCUGUAUCCUCACCCUCUCACAACCUUCCCCAGACACCGUCGCAGCCGCCGCAUGGCAUUGGCAUUGGCAUUGGCAUUGGCAUUGGCAUUGGCAUCGCAGUCGCAUUGCAUGGCAUGGCGUUGCAUACACUCCUAGAUCCGAUCUCUUGCAUCGCAUCAUUAUCAUCGCCAUUCCGCCCAGCCCGAUUGGAAAUACACCUGCUUGCUUGGAUUUACGCUACCAUUUCAACCAUGGCGUUUUGUUCCGGUUGGAUGAUUGAGAAUCCUGCCUGCUUGUGUGCGUCACACCAUGCGAACGGCCGCUGCAGGGCGCGUGUCAAGCAUGCAUAUGUAUCCUUGGUCUUGUCGACUGCCAUGUCCGAUCCACGUCCGUUGCGUGUCGACUUGACAGGACGCCAUGCUUGGCUCAUUGACUAACACGGCCCGGUGCAGCAGGUACGUGUGCGUUGGAUGCGGACGACUACCUGACCU